AUGGCAUCGAAAGCUUUUGUAGCUCCCAUAAUUCGACAAGUUACCGCCAGGGGCUACGCCCAGGCGGCUGCUCACAUCAGGAGCGAGCCGAAAAUCUCGAGUGCGGUUCUACCAAAUAAAGUAUUCGUUGCUGCCAUUGACAAUGGUGCUCCUGUAACUCGGGUUACUGUAGCAUUCAGGGCUGGUGCACGCUAUGAACCUCAAACAGAGUUGGGAAUCUCCCAUGUCCUUCGAUCUGCUGCUGGCCUCACUACUAAGAAUGCUAGCAGUUUCAUCAUUGCUCGAAAAUUGGCCCAACUGGGUGCUUCUGUGUCUGCUUCUGGAGACCGUGAAUUUAUUUACUAUACUCUGGAGGCUACCCAGGACAACUUGCAACCUGCCUUGGAAUUAUUGAACAACAUAGUGUCUAACCAGGAGUUCAGGCCAUGGGAGUUAGAUGACAAUCUGAGCCGUCUAAAGUAUGAUAUUGCUGCUCUUCCUCCUCAGGUCCGUGCUGUAGAUCUGCUACACAAAGCAGCUUUUCGCCGUGGUUUGGGUAACUCUCUGUUUAUCUCACCAAGAAGAAUUGGCAAGAUUUCUUCUGAAUCUUUACAACAUUUUGCCAGCACCAAUGUAGCAUUGGGUCAUUGUGCUAUUACUGUUGUUGGAGACACUUUGGAUAAGGCAAAUACUUUGGGUCAACUGCUUAAGUUGGGCGAGGGUAGCAAUAAUUUAGGUCAACCCACCAAAUAUCAUGGAGGAGAAAUCAGGAAAGAAAUGGGUGGCGAUUUCGCCCACGUGACUAUUGCUGUACAAGGUGCACCUGCUGGCACACCUCAAGCACUUGCUUUGGCUGCUGCUGCCAAAGCUUUAGGCUGUGGUCCAGUCACCAAGUGGGGUUCUGACAACUCGGUUUUGGGCAAGGCUAUUGGCAACAUCGGACCAUUUGCGGCGGCAGGAUUUAACGUAUCCUACUCCGACGGUGGGCUCUUCGGUGUUGUGCUUACUGUACCUAAAGAUGAAGCUAAAACAGCUGUCAAGGCUGCUGCAGGUGUUCUUAAGAAUCCCGCGUUAAACGCAAACGCCAUCAUGGCUGGCAAAAAUCAGUUGAAACUCCAGGUCCUGAGCGAGGCUGAUGCAGGCACAUCUCUUGCUGAGGCAUUAGCAGCUCAAGGUCUUUACUGUGGGAAAGUGUCAAGUCCGUCUGAGAUCGCCAGAAGCAUUGACCAACUGUCAAACAAUGAUGUUAUAAAUGUUCUGUCAAGUGUAUGCAGCUCCAGAAUCUCCAUGGGAUGCGCUGGAAAUCUAGCAUUUGUACCAUAUGCAGACGAAUUAUAA